GUGUGAGGUAGAGAGCGAGAGAAGGGGGAGGAACUGAAGUCGCUACGAGAGGACUGGUGGUACUAAAGCUGCCAGAAAGGACAACAUAAAAGGAAGAACAGGUUGAUAAGACGGAAAAAGGACUUUUUUUUUUGUUGUUGUCUCUGAAUGUAAAGAGAAUUCUGUCAAGUGGAUCAACUUUCGAACAUCGUGGAAUUGAGGGAUGUGUUUUGCGCUGCAGUUGCCCUUGAAGAGGGUCACCGCCUGAGGGCAGAGAUACUCCAAAACAAAAGAUAGCUAGCUUGGAAAUUCCAAGGAAAAUGUCAAGAACUUUUUAACCUUUAAACAAAACUAUCUAACAAAGAGUCUUCAGCAACUGGUCGGACGGGAUCAAUGUGGACACAUUCGUUCCAAUUUACCCUGCGGUGAGACAUAUUUGCUUGUGCAAAUUGAUUUUGCCCAAAACAUCACCCGGCUUCCCCGUGGCCUAAAAAUUGGGCCAGACACCCCCACCGACCCUGCUUAACGUCCUCCAGGAUGCAAACUCCAGGGCUGGAACAUGACGACUCCUUCGACUAUUUAUUCAAGAUCAUCCUAAUCGGGGACUCCAAUGUGGGGAAAACCUGCGUGGUCCAGAACUUCAAGUCGGGAGUCUUUUCGGAGAAGCAGCAGAACACCAUCGGAGUGGAUUUUACUGUACGCACUUUGGAUAUUGAAGGCAAGAAAGUUAAGAUGCAAGUGUGGGACACGGCAGGACAGGAACGUUUCCGGACCAUCACUCAGAGCUACUACCGUAGCGCUCACGGCGCCAUGAUCACCUAUGACAUCACGCGACGUGGCACUUUUGAGUCGGUGAGCGACUGGAUACAGGAAGUGGAGCUUUACGGGGCGGCCAACGUGGUGCUGGUACUUAUCGGUAACAAAAGUGACAUGGAGGAGGAGCGUGAGGUUCUGUUCGAGGAGGCCUGCUGCCUGGCAAAUGAAAGGGGCGCACUUGCUGCUUUGGAAACAUCUGCUAAGGAGGGUCAGAAUGUGGAGGAGAGCUUCAUAAUGAUGGCGAAGGAGCUCCUCUCUCGUAACGGCAUGCAGGUCCACCAGGACGAGCUGGAAAGCUUCAGCAGACCCCGACUUCUCCUCAGGACUAACUCCCGUCCAGUGAUCGGCACAGUGGACGCCUUCACAUCUGCAGACAAAAAGUCGUGUUGUUGAGGAUGACACGCGUGACAAUGAAUGAGGAACCAAUCAAAAGACAUUACCUAAUUUUGCAUUUUCUUAAGAUCAGAAGUUUUCAUGGAAUGAUGUCGUUCUCAGUGUUGGACGCUUUUCCCUGUUUGAGAACAGGUGACAGUGGACAUAAAAUGGCUCACAAAGUGAAAGUUAAUUUUUCUGUUGUGAUCAUAAUUAUUCUUGGAAUUGUAUUAAAUGUGAAACAAAAUGU